AUGAAGUUUAAAAUAAUCAGAGUGUUAUUUAUUGUAUUACUGGCUUGCGAGGACCGCGGUGACAUUAUUACUCGUCAUACGAACGUAAAAUGUGAAGUAUUAGACAAAUCGUUUCUGGAGUUUCCCGUAUGUCAUCUUAAAGUCUUGGGACGUGGCAUAAUCGCAGAGAAUCUUUACAUUAAAAUCCUUAAAUUUCCUCUUAAAAGUAUUACGAUUAACUUAAGUGUCUAUAAGAAGUUAUCGGGAUAUCAUCCGUUUUUAUUCAACGUAUCCGUUGACUUUUGUCACUACUUUAAGCAUCCGAACCCGCUUAAUGUCUUCCACCUUUUUUAUACUGCAGUGAAGCCCUAUAGUAAUUUAAAUCAUACGUGUCCGUAUAACGUGAGUACUACGAGUACAACGUUUUCCAUACAUUGAUUUUACCAUUUCCUAUUUCCACAGCACGACAUUAUCGUAAAGGACUUUGUGUUGACCGAUCAAAUGUACGCAAAAAUUCCUCUUCCAAAGGGCAGCUACAUGUUUAGUAUUAAAGUGGGCACCGAAGGUGUGUGGACAGGCGUCCUAAAUACAUACUUCGACGUUAAUGUGGACGAUAACCCAAAGAUACGAUUUUAG